AUGACUCUCCUCAACCCGCAGGCCGCCUUGUAUGCCGCCGCCAUUGCAUUGCUCAGCUAUGCAAUCGGUAUCGCUGUUUACCGCCACUUCUUUCAUCCGCUGGCAAAGAUCCCUGGCCCUUUCCUUCCUGCCGUCACUACUCUCUACCAAUCAUACUACAACGGCCGCUAUUUUCUGAAGAUUGCCGAGCUCCAUGAGAAAUAUGGUCCCGUUGUCCGCAUUACUCCGAAUGAGAUCCACCUCAGUGAUCCGGAUAACUAUGACAAGAUCUACUACAUCGGAACUCGCUUCUGGAAGAGCCCCGUCUUCUAUGGAGCUCUCUGCGUUCCCCACAGCACCUUCGGUACCCCAAGCAACGAUGUCCACAAGCACAAACGCGCCAUGAUCAAUCCCAUGUUCUCCCGCAAAAUGGUGCUACAGCUUGAGAAUGUCGUCCAGGACAAGGCACGAAAGUUGAUCGGCCGUAUGGAAGCCGGCAUCGUUGAAAAGAAGCCCGUCGACCUCCAUCACGCCUUCCGCAGUGUCUCGGUCGACGUAAUCACCGACUAUGCAUUCGACAAGUGCUACAACCUCCUGGACAGUCCUGACUUGGGGGCACAUUUCUUUGCCCUGGUUCGCGGUGUGGGCCCCGCCAUGUGGGUAUUUCAGCAGUUUCCCUCUUUGCAACGUCUUGCACUCAAGACACCACCAUGGCUUGCGCCUUGGCUCAGCGAGCCUCUGGGGCACGUGACAAAGAUGCAGACGAAUUGCGUUGAGCAGGUUGAAGACGUCAAAGCCCGCAUGGCCGCCGGCAAGCUGAACAAUGCUCGCCCAACCAUCUUUUCCGAGCUGCUAAGCCCGGAGAACAACGACGGAUGGCCGAUUCCUACAUCGUGGCAGUUGAAGGAUGAGUGCUACAGCUUCCUCGCUGCGGCUGCCGACACCACCGGAAAUGCUAUGAGCACAGCAUGCUACCAUACUCUAGCCAACAGGGGCAUCUACGCUCGCCUCAAGGAUGAACUGGUCACUGCUUUCCCUGACGCCAGCCAGAAUUUGGACUUUAGCACCCUUGAGAAACUUCCAUACUUGACCGCGGUGAUCAAAGAAGGACUGAGACUCUCCUUUGGUGUUCCCGGUCGUCUUCCGCGCGUCACUCCAAAAGGAGGUGCUACUUUCAACAAUUUCUACGUACCAGAAGGCACAAUUGUUGGAAUGAGUUCAUGGUUCAUGCACCGUAACGAAGAUGCAUUCCCUGAUCCGAUGAAGUUCGACCCGUCGCGCUGGCUUAAUCCAGAGGACGCCCGCCGCCUUGAUCACUACAUGGUGCCCUUUGGCAAAGGAUCGCGUCAGUGUGUCGGCAUGCCUCUGGCUUAUUGUGAGCUGUAUGUGACUCUCGGAACCUUUUUCCGUCGCUUUUCCAAGAUGGAACUACACGUCUUCGAAACCACCCGCGAUGAUCUCGACUUUGAGGAUUUCUUCUCCGGCUACUACAUUGCUGGUAAGAAAUGGUUCAAAGCAGUCGGCCGUUAG